UCAGUUUCCACUUCCUGCCUAAAAACUCAGCUCGCUUUCCUUGCGAAAGGACGCUGGCUUCAGGGUGCGCGAGUGCGCGCUGCGGCUGCCCGCGAGCCCGCAGGUGGGUAGCCUGGGCGCGGGAGGAAGGGGAAGUUACCUUCCCCUCGGAAGAGGGCGCUGGCUCCCCCAUCCUGCCUUUAUAAUAAGGCCACUGGAGGAGAGGAAGCAGCCAGCUGUCGUCUGAGCUUUGCAAAGCAUGCAGUUAGGGGAACAACUCUUGGUGAGCUCUGUGAACCUGCCCGGCGCGCACUUCUACCCGCUGGAGAGUGCGCGAGGCGACGGCGGCGGGAGCGCCAGCCACCUCCCCGGCGCUGACCCCUCUCCGCAGAGGUUGGACUUAGACAAAGCGCCCAAGAAGUUUUCGGGCAGUCUCUCUUGCGAGGCGGGGAACGGGGAGCCCACAGCUGCUGGCGCGGGGGCUCCCGCGGCCAUUGCGCCCUGCUCGCUCUUCCCGUACCAGGCAGCGGCCGGGGCGCCCCACGGAGCUGUUUACCCGGCUCCCAACGGCGCGCGUUACCCCUACGGCUCCAUGCUGCCCCCCGGUGGAUUCCCCGCAGCCGUGUGCCCACCCGGGAGGGCACAGUUUGGUCCAGGAGCGGGCGCACCGAGUACUGCGGGCGGCAGCGGGGGCGGGGGCGGCGGCCCAGGCUCCUAUCAAUACAGCCAGGGGCCUCCGCUCUACGGGCCUUACCCCGGAACCGCAGCGGCCGGAUCUUGCGGAGGACUGGGUACCCUGGGGGUUCCUGGAUCUGGCUUCCGUGCCCACGUCUACCUGUGCAACCGGCCUCUGUGGCUCAAAUUCCACCGUCACCAAACUGAGAUGAUCAUUACGAAGCAGGGCAGGCGCAUGUUUCCUUUCUUGAGCUUCAACAUAAACGGACUCAAUCCUGCCGCCCACUACAACGUAUUCGUAGAGGUGGUUCUGGCGGAUCCUAACCACUGGCGCUUCCAGGGGGGCAAGUGGGUGACCUGUGGCAAAGCGGACAAUAAUAUGCAGGGCAACAAAAUGUAUGUCCACCCAGAGUCUCCUAAUACUGGUUCCCAUUGGAUGAGACAGGAGAUUUCCUUUGGGAAAUUAAAACUCACCAAUAACAAAGGCGCAAAUAACAACAACACCCAGAUGAUAGUCCUACAGUCUUUACACAAAUACCAGCCACGACUGCACAUUGUGGAAGUCACAGAGGAUGGUGUGGAAGACUUGAAUGAGCCCUCGAAGACCCAGACCUUCACCUUCUCAGAAACACAGUUCAUUGCAGUAACUGCCUACCAAAACACGGAUAUUACUCAGCUGAAGAUUGAUCAUAACCCCUUUGCGAAAGGCUUCAGGGAUAACUAUGAUUCCAUGUACACCGCUUCAGAAAAUGACAGGUUAACUCCAUCUCCCACGGAUUCUCCUAGAUCCCAUCAGAUUGUCCCUGGAGGUCGGUACGGCGUUCAGUCCUUCUUCCCGGAGCCCUUUGUCAACACUUUACCUCAAGCCCGAUAUUAUAAUGGCGAGAGAACCGUACCACAGACCAACGGCCUCCUUUCACCCCAACAGAGCGAAGAGGUGGCCAACCCUCCCCAGAGGUGGCUUGUCACGCCUGUCCAGCAACCAGGGACCAACAAACUAGACAUCGGUUCCUAUGAAUCCGAAUAUACUUCCAGUACCUUGCUCCCAUAUGGUAUUAAAUCCUUGCCCCUCCAGACGUCCCAUGCCCUGGGGUAUUACCCUGACCCAACCUUCCCUGCAAUGGCAGGGUGGGGAGGUCGAGGUUCUUACCAGAGGAAGAUGGCAGCUGGACUACCAUGGACCUCUAGAACCAGCCCUCCUGUGUUCUCUGAAGAUCAGCUCUCCAAGGAGAAAGUCAAAGAAGAAAUGGGCUCUUCUUGGAUAGAAACACCCCCCUCCAUCAAGUCUCUAGAUUCCAAUGAUUCAGGGGUGUACACCAGUGCUUGUAAGCGAAGGCGGCUGUCUCCUAGUACCUCCAGUAAUGAAAAUUCUCCUUCCAUAAAGUGUGAGGACAUUAAUGCUGAAGAGUACAGUAAAGACACCUCAAAAGGCAUGGGGGGAUAUUAUGCUUUUUACACAACUCCCUAA